AUGAUAUAUACAAUGUGUAUAUGUGUCCAUUACUUACGGUAGGGUUUAUGGUUUGGCUUUCUAAGUCAUUGUACUGAUAAGCCAAACUGUCCCGAACCUAACAUUUAGCAUCCAGUUGGAACGUGGACUUUUGUUUAGUACUAAAUAGAAAUAUAUAAAGCCCGAUACCCAAUGGGGAAUAAAUAAAUAAAUGAGAAGUAGGACUAGAUGGGGCAUGCAUAGAUAGAUAGAUGUAGGCUUUGUUGAUGUUUUCACCCUCCUCAAAGUCUUGUAAUAUGUGUGGAAUAAUGGAUUCAGAUGCAAGGUUUGGGAAUACAGAAGUAGCAGUAGCAGAGCUAGGAGGAGAAUCGAAAGAAAGUGGCAUAAUCUACAGAUAGAAGUGGUACAUACUGUUUAUAAUAUAACCCCAUUAGUGCAGUCCAAUUGUAUUGAUUGCUAAAGUGUCUACAAUGGGCAGCAGUGGUCAGAGGAUUGGAUCGUGGAAGUGGGAUUGGAUGGUCUUCUUGGUUGUGAUGGAUUAUGUCAUACGAGGAGCUCAAGCUGCUGCUGAUGGGGUGUUGAGAAAGGAUGCAGAGGGUCUGAUUGAGUUCAAGAAAGGAGUUACAGAUGAUCCACAGGGAGUUUUGAAUGGAUGGGUAACGAAAUAUGAUGGUAAUCCAUGUACUUGGUAUGGAGUUAAGUGCUCUCUGGGGAGAGUAACAUCGGUUGACCUCAGCAAUGCAGGGGUUACAGGGAAUUUGCGGGUUGAAGAGCUUGUAUCAGUGUUGGAUAAGCUUGAUACUCUUGUUUUGAAAGGAAACAACUUUACAGGGGAUAUUGGGUCUAAUCUGAAUGUUACAAAGGGGAAUGGUUGCAGCAUCAAGGUAUUUGAUUUGUCAGACAAUCAUUUAUCAGGGAUCCUCCCCAUGGAUUUCCUGAGUUCCUGUCAGGAGCUGGUUUCACUGAAUAUGUCCCACAACUCUAUCACAGCUGCUACAAGAGGGACUGGUUCUGCUAGUUUAGGGUCAUCAGUAAAAGUGGUGGAUCUCUCGCGCAAUCUUCUAUCAGGUGACAGCUUUCUUUCGGGUAUCCUUGCUAAUUGCCAAAGUUUGGAGCAUUUGGACCUCUCCUACAACAGGCUCAACGGCAGCCUCCCCCAGGGGAUUGGCCAAUGCGCCUAUCUGGUAAGUCUCAAUCUCUCUUCGAAUUUGUUCACAGAUGGAAUACCCAAAGACCUUGUUAUAAGCAUCCACAACAGCGACUGCAAUGGUGGGAAUUGCAGUCUACAGUCAAGGCUGCAAUUACUUGAUCUGUCAAACAACAACAUUUCUGGACCGCUUUCGGCAUUGGAGUUGGGGGAUUCGUGUGGCCAAUUGACAGUCCUAAACUUGUCCUCCAAUUCCCUCACAGGGAAAAUCCCUUCUCAUUUAGGCAACUGCAAGAGCCUAAAACUGCUCAACCUGUCUGCAAACAAAUUGAGUGAUACAAUACCUGCAUCCCUUGGGGGUCUAGCCAGUAUAGUACAGCUUUUAGUUUCUAAAAACAAUCUAAAUGGAAACAUUCCUCCAGAGCUGGGCGGCAUAUGCCCAACUGUACAGGAGCUCGAUCUUUCAUCCAAUACCAUUAUAGGAUCAAUACCUUCUUCCUUUGCUGCUUGUUCUUCGCUUCGCAUCAUUAACCUCAGCAAUAAUCAGCUUUCAGGAAAAUUCCUUGGUGAUCUGAUCGGAAGUCUCCAGUCUCUGAAGGCAUUGUACCUCUCUUACAACAAUCUGACAGGGUCAAUACCCCUUUCUCUCACGAAUUGUACCACAUUGGAAGUCUUGGACUUGAGUUCAAACAAUAUUUCUGGCACCAUCCCACCAGGUAUUUGUACCCCUUCCUCUUCGUUACAAAGGCUGUAUCUUCCUGACAACCACCUGACAGGUCAGCUGCCUCAAGAACUCGCCAACUGCCGUAAUCUUCGCUCCAUAGAUUUCAGUUUCAAUAACUUGAAUGGGGCGAUUCCUGCGGUAUUGGGUUCACUUCCAUAUUUGCAAGACCUGAUCAUUUGGCUCAACCAGCUCACAGGAGAAAUCCCUGAGAAAAUAUGCAGCAGUGGAAGCUUGGAGACUCUUAUCCUGAAUCACAAUUCCAUCACAGGAAAAAUUCCUGAUGGCCUUGCAAACUGUCCCAACCUCGUAUGGAUUUCUCUCUCCAGCAACAGAUUGAAUGGUUCCAUACCGUCUUCACUAGGUCAAUUGGAUAAGUUGGCAAUACUUCAGUUAGGCAACAACUCUCUUUCUGGUAAAAUUCCUUCGGAGCUUGGUAACUGUAGAAGUUUGAUAUGGCUGGAUGUUAACAGUAACAUGUUAGAGGGUUCCAUACCUGCAGCACUUGCACUGCAAUCAGGACAUAUAGUAGCUGGACGUGUUGCUGGAAAAUUGUUUGCAUUUGUAAGAAAUGAAGGUGGGACUUCCUGCAGGGGAGCUGGGGGACUUCUGGAAUUUUCCGGGAUUCGACAGGAGCAGCUCUUACAGUCUCCCAUGUUACAUUCUUGUCCAUUCACCAGAGUCUACUUAGGGGUCACAAUGUACACAUUUACAAAUAAUGGUACACUGAUAUACCUUGAUUUGUCCUACAACUCCCUUUCUGGGACUAUUCCAGAAGAGUUUGGAACUAUGUAUUAUUUGCAAGUUCUCAAUUUAGGACACAAUAAAAUCACUGGGCCAAUUCCAAUGACCUUUGGAGGUCUAAAGCAAAUUGGUGUCUUAGACAUGUCUCACAAUAAUCUACAAGGAUUCAUCCCUGGAUCACUAGGUGGGCUCUCAUUCUUAAGUGAUUUAGAUGUAUCCAACAACAAUCUUACAGGACCCAUCCCUUCCUCAGGUCAGCUCAUGACAUUCCCUGCUGCAAGAUAUGACAACAAUUCAGGUCUCUGUGGUUUACCACUUGAUCCGUGUGGAACUCACCAACCCAGAAAUAGUGCAGACUCUUCACAUCAAUCAUCUGAAUCAGGUCGUGAUGGAAAAGCACGAGCAUCUUUGGCAGGAAGUGUGGCAGUGGGAUUAGUGUUCUCUCUGUCAGUAAUCAUUGGGCUCAUUUUUGUUGCUGUUAAAACCCGAAAGCAGAAAAAACAAGAAGAUAUGAGAGACAAAUACAUGGACAGCCUACCCACUUCAGGAAGUGGUAGUUGGAAGCUAUCUGGGGUUCUAGAGCCCUUAAGCAUAAAUGUUGCAACAUUUGAAAAACCGCUGAGAAAGCUUACAUUUGCUCACCUACUUGAAGCCACAAAUGGAUUCAGUGCAGAUAGCUUGAUUGGAUCGGGAGGCUUUGGAGAUGUAUACAAGGCUCAAUUAAAAGAUGGAUCUGUUGUGGCAAUAAAAAAACUUAUACAUGUGAGUGGUCAGGGGGACAGAGAAUUCACAGCAGAGAUGGAAACUAUAGGGAAAAUCAAACACAGGAACCUUGUUCCUCUCCUAGGUUACUGCAAAGUGGGGGAAGAGAGGUUACUUGUUUAUGAAUAUAUGAAAUGGGGAAGUCUAGAAACAGUACUACAUGAGAAAAUUAAAGGAAGCAGCACUCUUGAUUGGGCUGCAAGGAAAAAAAUUGCUAUUGGUUCUGCUAGAGGAUUGGCAUUUCUUCACCACAGUUGCAUUCCCCUCAUAAUUCACAGAGACAUGAAAUCAAGUAAUGUCCUUCUGGAUGAGAACAUGGAAGCUAGAGUUUCAGAUUUUGGGAUGGCCAGGCUUAUGAAUGCACUAGAUACUCAUUUGAGUGUCAGCACCCUGGCUGGUACUCCUGGUUAUGUACCACCAGAGUACUACCAGAGUUUUCGAUGUACAACAAAAGGAGAUGUUUAUAGCUAUGGUGUUAUCUUGUUAGAACUUCUCUCAGGGAAAAGACCCAUUGACCCUGUUGAGUUUGGCGACAAUAAUCUAGUUGGGUGGAUGAAGCAAAAUGUGAAGCUGAAAAAGUUUCUAGACAUAUUUGAUCCAUUGCUAAUUAAAGACAAAUCUUUACAGAUGGACCUGAUUCAACAUCUCAGAAUUGCCUGUGAAUGCCUAGAUGAUCGCCCCUGGCGAAGGCCUACCAUGAUCCAAGUUAUGGCUAUGUUCAGAGAGCUUCAAACAGAUGGAGAAGCAGAACCAGAUGGAUUCACUCUACCAGAUGAAGUGGUUGUCCCUGAGGAAAGCUCCUCCUGAGGCUCUCCUUUCAUUCUCAGUUCUGUCAUUUUUUUGUACAACGCAUUGCAUUUACUUGCUCCUGAUAAUUUUGUAGAUUACAUGUGUAAAUAAUACAAUAUAGCAGUGAAACAAAAUCCUACUGCAUUCAUACCACCAAGCACAUACAUGCUUGUAGCAUAAUGCAGGUGAUACGCAAAUGAAAUAUGUUUUUAUCACCACCACCCUUGAAUCAUAUAUAGAUGUAAUGUUUGCCCAGAGCAGACAAGAAGACAGAUUGAUUGACAUUAGAUCCAAGGCCAUCAUCAUGCUUUGGAUCUCUGGUAAAAUGAUGAUGAUGGUGUUGUGGAUGAUUUUCAUAGCUUUGCUUACUGUUACAUUCAGAAAUUUUGGAUUAGGAAGGAAUUAUAGAAUAUUCCUGAAUGCUUGAAAUUGACACUGUGCUCUGUACAGGAUCAGCCAUACAACAUAGUCACCUUACUCUAGUCUUAUUGUACCCAUCCAAUACAACUCAAUGUAAUAAGAUUGUUUCCUGACUAAAUAAUAUUAAUAAUACUUUUUUUAAUAAAUGC